CUGAGAGGUGUCCUCUUUUCAUCUGCUAAGGGAAAUACGUUGCACUGAACAGAGUACACAGGAGUACGACAGUACGAGUCUCGACGACUUGUUGCCAGCGUGGCUCUCUCGCUCUCGCUCGAGUCGCUGCGCCCACCUCCAGAUCCACUUUUCCAGUUUUAUCCUUUCAUCUUUAUGUCAUGACGGUCGGAUACUCGCAACCAGAUUCGUCAAGCCAUGCAGCGUGCAGAGAGCAGAAGACAUGGAAGCACUGGGCACCGAGUAGGACUGGCACCCUGCUGCCCUGCCAUGCUGCCACCCUCUGGUCCCUCCAUCCACAUGGGCAUCGCCAGCCCGGUCGGACGCCGAGGAUUCCUUCUGGCUUCUGCGCACACUCGCAUGCAACCCGUCAUCAUUCAAAAUUCACUCUUCACACGAGAGUGAAUCUCUACUCCAUACGGAGUACUCCGUACGGAGUACACGAGUAACGCUUCUCGUGUGAUCAGCCCCCUCUUCUCCACCGCCUCGGUCGCUUCUCUAGCCCGCCCCAUCACCACGG